GGCGGGAAGGGGUGAGGAGAGCGGCGGGCCGGGCGGGCGGGAGGUGCGGCCUGCCUCCGGCCGUGGAGCCCGCACGCGUGGGGUUUCCCCACUAGGAAGGGCUGAAGACCGUCCAUGAGUGGCUGCGUGUUACUAAAAUUGCGCGUGAUACGAGGCGAGAGCGGGCGCGUCUUUGUCCAUCGUUACUCUGUAGGGCCGGUGCUCCCGGGGCCGGUCUGCGCCAUCGGUGCGAGAUGGAUUUCACGCAUCAGCUGGAGCUGUUCCCCGGCUGCAGCGUGACUCUCCUCCUCUUCGACCACGUGAAAAAUGCCGCUGCGCUGAGGAAAAAAGCCAUGGAAGGAUCCAUUGAAGGAGCGUUAAUAAACCCUGCAAUGAUUGUAGAUCCUUUUCAAAUUCUUGUGGCGGCCAACAAAGCAGUUCAUCUACACAAGAUAGGUAAAAUGAAGACCAGAACUCUCUAUGCAGAAAUUAUUUUCAGCCUUUCACCAAACAACAAUAUUUCAGAUGCAUUUAAAAAGUUUGGCAUUUCAGACAGUGAUACAGCAGUACUCGUUGUUCUGGUUGUGGACAGAGAAAAAACUGUAAAUCUGGAAGAUAUAGCAUCUCAGGUAGAAGGCCAACAGGUUUCUCUAGAUGAACUCCCCCAACUAACAGACGCUGCCAAAGUUAAGAAGAUGUACAAAGUUACUCCACAGGAAGAAAAAAUCGGCACCUUAUUGGAUAGUAUUGUUUGCAGAAUGUCAACAAAAGAUGUUCUUUGAAAAUGUGGAAAUAAAUUUUUUUUUAAGGAAAAAGAGGGCUUUUUAAGUUGUAAAAACACUCCAUUGCAAUUCAUUCUGCAUUUCGGAGAAAGUGCUGUAAUACUGAGUAGUUUGAUAACACCUGAGCUUUAACCAUAAAUGAGUAAGCUUGGACAGGGGGGUAAUCUGAGCUGUGUUCUAAGCACAGAGAGCAAUUCUGCUGUGCAAAGCAGAAUUUGCCAUUGGCAUUUCUGUCCAUUUCUUAACAAGAAAAAAUCACUUUUGCCGGUACCUUAAGUUGAUCAUAAACAGAAGGCUUGGAAAUCUGUACUUACUUUUCUGUUUCAUCAAAUGUUUUACGAGUCCCAGAUAGGAUUCAAACAUUGUAAACCAUUUUUAUUAACCGUCCCCUGAUUUGUUUUGUUUUGGCACCCCUGAUGGAUGAUAUCCUUUUAACGAUACUGCUGCCGGAAAAGGUGUCUCUAUGGCACAAAGUAUUGCUGGUGGACUAGAAAAAGGAAAAUUUCCAUAAACUAUCAGCAGCAUCUCCCUCUUUCUGCUAAUGGGAUAGAGUCGCUGCCUACCCUUUGGGAGCGUGAAGGGGCAGGAGGGGCACCAUGGCAGCCAGUGGUGGCAGCGGCAUGGAGCAGGGGCAUCAGAGAUGGAGAUGGAGAACAAUGAAUAAGGUCAGUAUGGCUACGGUAGUGGUAGCAACUGACAAUCCGAUGUCAUCGGAUGCAGCGUACUGCUGAGGUACUGGUGUGUUGCUGUGGUACUUCUGUGUUGGCGUUAAAGGGUAAUGGGAGGUGCUUUUACUUUAUGACACUGAAUUAUGCAUGGUGAUGCUGACUUUCUAGGGUCUAGUUCCAGGUGCAGAAUUCACAGAGAAAUUUGCGCCAUAGAUUUAUUCACUUGUCAGUACAACUUACAUAGCAUACUGAAAGGAUCAUUGAACUUGUUUUGUUGAACCAGUGUUAGGAAAGGACAUCAAAGGGAACUAAAAAGAAUAUUGAUUUCCAAUAGUCACCAAGUCCAACAGCCCUGCAUGAGUAUAAUUUAAUCAUAUGCAGGCAUCCUGUUUAAGAAAAAUUACUGUCCUAAUUAGGUAGAAAUCCAUACUGUUUGUUAUUGUUAUGCUGUAUUGUUUUUCUGGGACGUGUAUAAAACUGUAUAGCUGUCUGCAUUUUGGGUUUUUUUCCCCCAAAUAUUCUCUGAGGUAUUACAAUUCAUGUACUUAUAAGAUACUUGGAAGAGUAUGGCCCAGAUUCUUACAGAUAGUGUUUGGGAAAACAAAAUGUAUUUUGGGGAAGAGGCAAGUCUGAGUUAGAGUUGAAGUGUUACCCACUACAUUAAACAGACUAGUAAACUGAUAUAUAGACCUA